GAGAGUAAUAAUAGGCAGGCUCAGCCGACCUCCAACUCGUGCUGGUCCUCGUCCUCAGAACGUUCUAGGUUUCGUUGCCUUGGCCACACUCCAGCACAGGCAUCACCCUCUGCACUGCUCUGUUGUGCUCUCUCGGCACCCAGAUACACACCCUCUCACACCCACGCAACACCCUCUUCCUCCGCUUCUCCCUCCCUCCCUCCCUCCCUCUUCUUCCUCCUCCUCCUCCUCCGCUGCCUCGGCCUCGUAAGGCGGUGUGCCCUCUCAAUCCCCUCCCUCCCUCCUUCCUCUCCCUGGAUCGCCGCCUGCCUUCAAUUUGCUGUGUUUGUCAGCGGGUGAAAGCGUGUCGCGAGUGAUUGGGUCGCGCUGAGUGUGUGCGCUUGGGUUUGGCCGGGUGUUGUGGAGUCUGUGUGGGUUUGGGUUUGGGUUUGUUAGUGGGAACGCGGGUUCGUUGGAGCACCUGCUGCGCGGCUAUGGCGGAGAACCAGGCGAGUCUUCUGUUGCGGAAGCAGUUGAAGGAUUUGUCUAGGAAUCCCGUGGAUGGGUUCUCGGCUGGGCUUGUGGACGACUCGAGUGUGUUCGAAUGGAACGUGACCAUUAUCGGACCGUCGGAGACUUUGUACGAGGGGGGUUUCUUCAACGCCAUCAUGAGCUUCCCUCCGGAUUACCCCAACAGCCCUCCAACCGUUAGGUUCACCUCCGAGAUGUGGCAUCCGAACGUGUACCCUGAUGGGCGCGUGUGCAUCUCCAUUCUGCAUGCUCCCGGUGACGAUCCCAAUGGGUACGAGCUGGCGAGCGAGCGGUGGUCGCCUGUGCACACCGUGGAGACGAUAUUGAUCAGCAUCAUCGCCAUGCUUUCGAACCCGAAUGAUGAGUCACCCGCGAAUGUCGAUGCCGCCAAGGAAUGGCGAGAGCAAAGGGACGAGUUCCAGCGCAAGGUGAGGAGGAUUGUGAGGCGGUCUCAGGAAUUCGCGUGAGACGGUAACGAUCCUGCAGUGGCUGCAAGAGGGACAUCCCCCCCACCCAACCCCCUCCCGAGCGAUUAAUGGUCGUGGCUUCGCUCCACCUUAGGCGUAGCUGUGGUAUGCACAGUGCUAUAACAGAAAUUUUCGAGGAAUGUGAGAAUGCGUGGGUGCUAUGUGGUAUGUUGUAGUGGAUUGAGAGAGUAGGGAUUCAACCCAUGUAAAGAUUACUAUGCACAGGAGGCCCUGGAGGUUGGCGGAGGAAAGCAACAGAGCAUGGUUGUCGCAGAGUGCAGUUCAGGGGUUGCGUUCUGAGAUGGGGCAAGGAUUUAUAAAGGGUGAAUAAACACAAUAUGAAUAGUCUUGCUCUCUUUCUGUUCCAGACUCGCCUGUCAACAUUUUCCAACCAUGUAUGCCAGCGCUGACAUGGCCAGUAUGUGCAAAUGCCUCUGGUUUUCAUAUUUGUAUGGUGCAUUCGCGUAUGUGCUAAUUAAAUAUCACAGGGGUCUCUUUUGCAAGGAAA